AUGAGUAUGGACAACGAUCAAGAAAGCCUUCAGUUUUGGUCCACAAUUCUACAAACCCUAACUGAUUCAAGCCCUAAAUAUGAUCUCAAUCCUGAGAUCAAUAGCCCGAUAUUGGUGAUGUCUACAUCGAUGGCUGUAAAUGUUCCGCCUGAGCCUUCGAACCCUCAUGGAGUUGGAUAUAAGGAGGCUCGACAGGAGAAAGUUGCAUCCGAAGAUGGAGACAAGAAAAUGAAUGUGGAUAGAGGGAAAUCUAUGGCGAUAGAGAUAGAGGAGUCUAAGGCCAAGGAAGAGGAAACGAAGAAUCUCAAGAGACCUAAUGAAGCUCGUAAUUUGGCCGAGAAGAGAGACAUAGCCUCGACCCUCGAUUGUAUCAUCGACCACAUACGGGAGAUGAAACAGUAUGUUGAAAGUCAGAGUAUGGGUCCUAUGUUGCCACUGGGCAUGAGGAUGGAUUUUCCAGCACCAUGGACGUUCCCUUUUGUUCCUCCCAACUUCUUCAUGCCUUUCAAUGGUCAAGGAGAAGCUAGCGGUCGAGACCAGCAAAUUGUACCAGCUACCACUCAGGUUUGA